UAAUCAUGACUGACAGAACCUCUAUAUAAAAGGAGCACCAAAUCCACCUCGGCAUUAGGUUGCCCGGCAUAAUAAGCAUUAUCGCUAAAGGAACAUUUCAACCGGUUUUUGUGCUGAAGUAUAACACUAUCAUUACACCAUCAAUACAUAGAGACGACUGAACAACAUCAGACCGCAGUAACGAGUAACGCUUUUUUUUCGUUCCGAAGCUAAUUUCCCGGACAGCGUUUAGUAGUGUUCUAGCCGGUACGGGCCAAAAGCCGACCAGCGAUUAUAGACAAUGAGGAACACGCGUAAAUUCACGGAGCGCUGGAUCAAGGUUGCGAAUAUCAGCAAAGAUCAGGAGCGCAUCUCGCUGGAGGAUAGGGGGUCAUCCGCAGGGUCUGUCCGCUCAACGAAGACCAUGAAGACAGUGGUGAGUGAAGGCGGCCGAAAUGGACGCGACAUGGGUAGCAGCAUGGGUUGGAACAGCCCUGGGGGAUCCUCGGGUAUCGCGGAAAUGGCCAAGUUUUCUUUGGAUGAUUUCAUCGAUGCGGUACGAGAGAACUCGGCUUGCCUCCAUGAGACCGAUAGCAAGGGAGGCACAGUGCUGCACUACGCGGCUUACACGGGCCGUAAAGAUCUGAUCGAACACGCCAUUAACUGCGGUGGAGACGUGAAUGCUCGAGACAUUAUGGGGGAUACUCCACUACAUUAUGCUGUGAGAGGCAAUUCCCAAGAUACAGCCAACAGUCUCAUAUAUGCUGGGGCAGACCUGACUGUGCUCAACGACGCUAAAAUGGCUCCACUUCACCUGGUCUGUGACCUGGAUAUGCCGGAUAUGAUUGAGGCCUUGUGUCAACACGAUGGUGUGGAUGUCAACAUACCAGGGGAAUACGGGCAAACACCACUGCAUUACUGCGCUAUCAAAAACACUUUCGAAACAGCCAAGAAACUGAUGUUUUACAAACCACGUUAUUGUCAUCGUGACGAUAACGGCGUGUAUGUUAUCCACUGUGCUGCAACUCAUGCAUCGAGGGAUGUGUUGAAUAUGCUCCUGGAAAAAGCUGAAGAGGCGGGGUACCCAAGGGACUACGUGCUACGACAGAAGGAUAAGGAAAACAACACGGCACUUCACUCGGCUGUCAAUAGCGGCAGCGAAGAAGCUGUACGUGUCUGCAUUGAAUUCGGGUCGCCCCUCGACGUGCUUCAGGAGGAUGAUUCCACUCCUCUGCAUCUUGCGGCAUCUCAAGGCUCUCUUCCCAUCGUUAAGCUGCUUCUUAGUCCACCAGGAAGCGAGAAAACGCUGACCAUGUGUGAUGUCGAGAUGAUGACGCCACUACAUAGGGCGGCUAUGUUUGAUCACGUUGAUGUCGUUGACUUCUUGAUAGCGCAGGGUGCUGACAUGGACGUUGUUGACAAGCAUGGUUGCAGCCCGUUACUCCGCGCAGUGUCUCGGGGAAGUUUCCGCUCAGUUUCGCUUCUUAAUGAGCACGGGGCGGACUGUAGUCUGCGUGAUUGCCAAAACAGGAACGUCCUUCAUCUGGCUGUCUUAAGCGGCAAAAAUAUCACGACGUACGGACUGACGUGUACGAAGUCAAAUAUGCAAGUUCUCUUGAACGAUAUGGACAAUCGUGGCUGUACGCCUAUCCACUACGCAACGCGGGACGGUAACAUUAAAUCCCUGCAGCGUCUGAUCGAACUCGGAGCUACGGUUAAUCUCAAAGACUGCCAAAAACAGUCACCACUACACUUCGCCGCCAAGUAUGGUCGAUUCAAUUCCUGCAAGCGCCUGUUGGAUAGUUCCAUCGGGCCCAACAUCAUCAAUGACAUUGAUGGAAAAGGAAUGACUGCCCUGCAUAUCGCUGCACUCAAUGGCCACGCUAAAGUUAUCCAGCUGCUGCUACUCCGAGGGGCGUUGCUACACAGGGAUUACGAAGGACGAACGCCACUUCACCUGGCAGCUAUGGCUGGUUAUCUAGAUUGUAUGAAGACUCUGCUCACUACGCAUAGUUACCUACUUGAUCAAGCCGAUGACAAUCGAGAUACUGCUCUACUCCUGGCUGCAAAGGAGGGUAAGCCGGCUUCGGUGGAUUUCCUGCUAACAGCCCAUGCAUCUCUGCUAAGCAACGGUGACAAACACGGCUUAAUGGCGGCUACUCUGGCAGCUAACAAAGUGGAAGUGGCUCAGAAAAUCGUGGCUCACGAUAGGUGGCAGGACGUUUUUGAUUCAUUCUUCACCGAGGCUGGGGACGAGGGUGCUCGAAACCUUAUUAGUAAAAUGCCGGAAGUGUACCAAAGCGUCCUAGACCGUUGUGUAACGAGAUCAGUCCAGCCUUCAGUCAGCUCCGACUUCUGGGUGAAGUAUGACUUCAAUUACUUGCAGCCAAGUCUGGAAGAACGGAUCGAGAAAAGGAAUCAGGGUUCGCCCUUCCCACCUCUGCACACGCUCAACCUCAUGGUUGAGAAUAAUCACAUGGAUCUUUUGUCGCACCCCAUCUGUGUGGAGUACCUCAACAUGAAAUGGCGAUCUUACGGCUGUGGGAUCCACGUUGUUGCCAUGAUACUUCACAUUUUCUUCGUUGUUUGCAUGACGACCGUCAUCGUCAACUCUUCAGAUUACUACAACAAGCACACCAACAAAAACGCUUCAGCCACGAACCUUUCCGAAGCCAACUCCACCACCGCUCCAAAUGGAACGGAUUCAGUCCCACAAAAGGAAUGGCAGUUGUCUACAUGGCUGCUUACCGUCAUAUGGACCAUUGCUAUAUACUCUGUUGCGAACAUCUUGAAGGAGAUUGGACAGAUAUAUCAACAGCCUGGCAAGUAUUUCAGGGACUACAUCAAUCUGUUGGAGUGGACCCUUUACGUGUGCACGUUAGUCUUCAUUUUGCCCUUCAUGCUUGGCUUUCAUCAAUGCGAAGAGAAUGCAAUUUGCGAUGCCCAGUGGCAGUGUGGUGCUGUGGCAGCGUUCCUAUCUUGGUUCCUCUUCCUUAUGUAUCAGCAAAGGAUCAAUGCGGUUGGCAUCUACGUGGUGAUGUUCCAGGUGAUUUUGAAGACGCUGGUUCGCGUGCUGAUAAUCUUCAUUACCCUCAUCGUUGCAUUCAGUAUGUCUUUGUUCAUGCUCAUGAAGGACGAGCAAAACAACGCUUUCCAGUCGAUCCCGAUUGCCAUUUUCCGCGUCUACACCAUGAUGAUGGCAGAGAUUGAUUUCAUCAACUCUUUCGUUGCGCCCUCCACUGAUGAUGAGAUAGGAACCAUGCCCUUCAUGCACCUGUCAUUUUCGUUCCUGGCGUUGCUCAUCUUGUUCCUGCCCAUCAUUCUCAUGAAUCUUUUGAUCGGUCUGGCCGUCGGCGAUAUCGCUAAGGUUCAACAAGACGCUAAACUCCAGCGACUGGCCAUGCAGGUGGAGAUGUACACGGAGAUGGAACAGAAGAUUCCCGCCAAAAUCUUGGAAUGGGUCGACAUGGAUUACGUCAUCAUCUUUCCCAAUAAGAAGUCUUGCCAACGGGAACGCUAUUCUCAUAAGAAAGGAGCCUCGGGAAACAAACUAUGGAGAAAAAUUAAAAAGUCGAUGUACGGGGAAAGCAACCUAGAGAAGGUGGAGGCAAACAUGAAAAGCUGCCAGCUCUUCACAGGCUCUCGGGAAGGCCGGGAGUGUAGCUCAGAGAUGAACAUCUUCAAGAAAAAGUUGAAAUCACUCUCAAGCCAGAUGGAUAAGCAACACGACCUCUUGCGUCUCAUUGUGCAGAAGAUGGAGAUAAGUACUGAGGCAGAUGAUCAGGACGAGGGAAUAUCGCCCCCUGCGGAUUGUGGACGCCUCAGAGUGGACUUCGGUCAAGUGGUGACAGCUGCUGCCAUGAUGCGAGGAGGGGCCAAAGAACGUCUCAAGUUAUACCAGCCCCAAGCUGAUCGGUCGCCAGGCAACAAACCUCCUGAACCAUCUGUGUGAGCCAAGAAACCACGUGCCCAAUUCGCCUCCGUGAAUAACAGUUGGUAAAACGCGGGAAUUUCCCCCCAAUGCGGAUAUUAUUGUGCAAUAUUCUGGAUCAUGCACGACUGUCUUUAAUAUUAUACACAAAGGUAAACCUUACAAAGUUUUCAUGAUCUAAAUGUAAAUAAGAGUUCUAUAUCUUGUAGUAAACCAGAAACAUUUACUGAGUCUGAACAAUUAUAACAAUCAUUUUAUAUACCUUUAUUCUUGUAUUAAUGUGGAUAACAAAAUAGUCAUCGUUAUUACGAACUGACACGCACGCGCUGUGUGCGCACUUCGUGAAGUUGCGCGAACGAUUUUUUUUCUUUCUAUGCGUACGAUUAUUUUAGUUUUCACGAACUGACACGCCAGCACUGCAAUGUGGCGGAAACUCAAUUGACACGAUUAUACUCUAUCCUCGUUUUUGUGGGGUUACAGAAUCAUUUAACGUCAAAACCUGUGAACUGAUGAAUCGCAAUCUCGACUUUAACAUAUGCUUACUUAAUUCUUAGCUAAUUGUAAUUAACUAUUUUUUAAAUUCAAUAACUAACUUUUAGCUAGUUAUUUUAGUUUAGGCAGGCACUGCGUACACCACCAUCUUUUCCUCCAAAAUAUUUGGCUAAAGUGGUCAGAAAUAGCCUCAGAUCGCACCACAGAGCAUCUAUAGAAUCCAAAAAAAUCCCGGGUUCUUAAGCGGGCCCCGUACUCCGCGCCAACAUUUUUGGGGCCCACUUUUUGAGGCAUUAAUCGUUUGAUAGAAGUAAGCAGAUUUCAGACAAAAUGUUUAAAAUAAUUAAGUCCAGCUUUACUUGCAAUUAGGGCCGAUGUUUGAAAACGGCAAUCCAACGAUAUAGUCACUGUAGUCUCCAGCCUUGUGGGAGCUCGUCUGUAUUCCAGUUUGUGCAGCAUUCAAAUUAAAGGGAGAUUUCGGCCUGGAAUGCGCCAAAUUGGGCUACAAAAUGCAUUUUAAACGAAAUGAAAUGAAAUUGAAAGAGUAUUUAAAAGUAGAACAUAAAGGUCACACAACCGUCCUUUAAAAACUGGGCGUUUUGUGUUAUUCUUGCGAGAGUCAUGCAAGAACGAAUGUGGGGGGUCACAAUUUUGUCCCCGAAAAAUCGAGCUGUUUAGUGCUAGUUGUGAAUCCUGCCGCACAGUUUAAGAAACAACAUCCGUGCAUUUGUAAUGUGUGUAUUAUGUACCACACUCACAAAGUGUACGCUGCAGUGAAUAAACACGACUUGAAAUGAGUAUGCCACAUAAUGUCCGUCGCGUCCGAUGUAAAAAAAACCGGUGUUUUUCGUCUUUUCUCGGGAACUGUUAGACAUUAGGUUUGUUUUCUUUCAACUAGCCGUUUGAAAUAGUAUAAGUAAACAAUCCAAAACAUGAAAUUCUCGGAGGUUUCAGGCCUUCAUGCCCCUUUAAUUGAAUCCGAGCAAAACAGCGCCCUCAAAGGUCAAAAUGCAAAACGUUACUAUUAGGGGCCAUUGUUGCACACUUUUAGCGUAGUCUUGGGACUGAGAAUGGAUUAAGACCAAUUUAAGCGUCAUUCGAGGAACAGUUACAUUGUUAUUUUUUUUUCAAUUGCCGAAUCGCUUCAAUAUUAAAAAGGAGAUUUUUAAUACAGUAUAUUUUAUGACGGGGACAGGUAUUUUUUUUUUUUUUUUAAUCUUCGGAUCAAUUUUGUACAACCAUCAUCAAAGCUUGCAUAAGGGCAUUAGGCCUAUAAGUGCCGACUUGUUGAUUUUGUAAAAACUAAUGAUUAAUUCAUAAGUGUGAGUAUGGACAGUAUAAGUAAAAAUCAUGUGUAUGUCUACAUUCUUUUUAUUACCAUUAAACGAUUGGGGUAGAUAGUGUUUUGCCAGGCAUAUAUAGCGAAUGAAUGAUGAAUGUUUAGUUUGAAAUUAACAUAUGAAAAUCAUUGAGAAUCAUGACGAGAAUUCUUUGUAAACCCGUUUGUAGUAAAUCCAUUUUCAUAUUGGUUAUAAGAAUGCCCAAGAAGUGUAUAUAUAUCUCAGUUCAUCCGCAUGUCUAAUUUUACUGAUUUUUUUUGGGUCGCUUUCAAUACUUUUAACUUAGACUCGAUAUCCAUGCAUUAGAUUCAUAUGUAUCUAAACGAAACACAGUUAUUUAUGUCAGAUAUAUAAUCCUGGUAUCAAAAAUGUAGUGAUUAGAAAAGAAUAAAA